AUGGCUAAGACCUACGACUAUCUGUUUAAAUUGCUGCUAAUCGGUGAUUCGGGUGUUGGCAAGACCUGCAUAUUAUUUCGUUUCUCGGAGGAUGCCUUCAAUACAACAUUUAUAUCGACAAUAGGCAUAGACUUUAAAAUUAGAACUAUUGAAUUAGAUGGCAAGAAAAUUAAAUUACAAAUAUGGGACACUGCUGGCCAGGAGCGUUUCCGAACAAUUACCACCGCAUAUUACAGAGGCGCCAUGGGCAUAAUGUUAGUUUAUGACAUUACCCAAGAGAAAUCCUUUGAGAAUAUUAAAAAUUGGAUACGUAACAUCGAGGAGAACGCAUCGGCGGAUGUUGAGAAAAUGUUGCUGGGAAAUAAAUGUGAAUUAAAUGAAAAAAGACAGGUCUCACGUGAACGUGGCGAACAACUGGCUGUCGAAUAUGGUAUCAAAUUUAUGGAAACCUCAGCGAAGGCAAGCAUUAAUGUGGAAGAGGCUUUCUUAACCUUGGCUAGUGAUAUUAAAGCAAAAAUGGAAAAACGAAUGGAGGCGAACAAUCCCCCCAAAGGUGGUCAUCAGUUGAAACAGAAUGACCAUAGAAAAGCAGAGAGUUGGUUGUCAAGGUGCAGUCUGCUUUGACGAGGUAAAUACAACAACGACGAAUGUAGUUUUCUAACCUCUUGUUAGGGUGGGAGGCCCUAACAAGAACUUAAACUUUUUUUAAUGUAAUAAUAAAUAUAAUAAUAAUA